AUGACUAAAGAGCGAGCCCAAGAAAUUUUAAAUGUGAUUGAUAAUGGCGAGUUCUUAAUAAGAGUAAAAUUUAUUCGAAAUAAUUCUGUAUAUGAAGAUGAAUCUCAAACAAAGAUCACUUUUAAAAUUAUUAAUAAAUAUAAGCCUAUUCGUGAAUCAAAAAAAGCAAGUAAAAAAUGUCAGAGGUGGUCCAAAUGUUAUACUUACAAAGAAAAUGAACCAGGAUUUUGGGUAAGAAUAGAUGAAAAAUUUCUGGUCAGAGAAAUCAAGCAUUUUGAUCAAGCCAAAAGAGAAUAUAGAUUUACAGAAAUUCGUCAGCAAAAAAUAAAUGAUUGGAAGAAAAAAAUACGUAUUUCAGAUGCUCGAAUACAAGAUGUAGCAGAGUUAGAAAAAAUUCUCAA